ACGGAUUUUUGUAAAUAUAAAAGUUGGCACUUGAUUUCGAUUUGACAUACAAUAAUAGAAAAUUACCGGUUAUGGUGCGCAUCACCGAAGCUUUGGUUCGCAAAAAAUCGGAACACAAUGAACUUCUUAUUAGUACUCUGGAGGAAUUGUCGCUGCAUCAGGAGGACAUCACAUGCAUUGAACAUGUACAAAAUUGGUGCCGGGAACUAAAGAUCCUGCUCUUGCAGUCCAAUCUCAUAGCUCGCUUGGAGAAUUUGAAUAAACUGAAACGCCUGGAAUAUCUUAAUGUGGCCAUUAAUAAUAUUGAACGUAUCGAGAAUCUGGAUGGUCUUGAAUCCCUGAACAAAUUGGAUCUCACAUUAAAUUUCAUUGGCGAACUGACAAGUGUGGAAUCACUGCGGGGUAAUUACAAUUUGCGCGAACUACUCCUAGUUGGUAAUCCUUGUGUGGACUUUCCGCACUAUCGUGAUUAUGUGAUAGCCACAUUGCCGCAACUCCAGAAUCUUGACUGCGUUGAGAUUACACCAAGUGAACGACUGCAAGCCCAACGUUACUUAAAUCGCCAUCGUCGCAUCAUUGUCCAGCGUCAGGCCGAUCAUGCCAUUGAAAGGGAUGAGCAGCGUAUUCGUGUUGCCCAUCAACAGGCCAAGCUGGCCGAAGAAUGUGCUGACAUGGAAGAUGAUGAGGAACGCACACGCGCCUUUUGGAAUGCCAAAAGUGAACAUUGUCCAGAAAUACGUAAUGAAAUUGCCCGCCAACAUAAAUUGGGCAAGGAGAAACAUGAUUCGAAAUCAGAAUCAUCCAAGACGCCAAAGAAACGGAAUGUCAAUCUAUUUGCUCCCUGCGGUCGUCCCUAUAAUAUGAAUCAAGCCAAAUUGCCAUUUAAUUUUCAAGAUGAGCCUGCCGAAUAUCGGCUAGAAUUGGAAGUCUACAAAUAUUUAGAUACUUCUCUCAUUGAUGUCGAUGUGGAAUUAAAUUAUGUUCGUGUCACAGUUAAGGGCAAAAUCUUUCAGAUAGCAUAUGGCGAAGAGAUAAUCCCUAAUGAAUCAACCGUACAACGUUCCCAGACGACAGGACACCUUUUGAUUGUAUUGAAAAAAGUUAAGCCCAAUGAAAUGCUGGCUAUUAAACCAAAAAAAGCCGCACCUAAGAAACCGGAGGAGGAGCAGAAGAUGGAACAGAAACAAAAUGGUCAACAGAAACUAACUGGCCUGGUUGAUAUAAGCAACAUUUGUUUGCCGCCCGAUUUGCCCGAUUUAAUAUAAUUUCUAAUUGUUAGUUAUUUAAAAAUUGUUUAUUUAAAUA